CUGGGAAUUUUAGGUAUAGGAAAAAUAACUCAACUGAGAACUACAUACUUAAGUUUUCGAUAUCUACUAUACGACAAAACAAGUUUGUAAAGCACUACCUUUAUUUUAAACGUUUUCAUGCUGUAUAUCACAUCGUUUACAUCCGGUGACAUCUUUAAAAACACCGAUUAUCGUACCGACAAUUUGACUAACCACAUACCCCACGACCUCUUAUUAAAAAAAAUCUCGCAAAUUGUAAUUAAAUCAAUUAUUCGUGGUGCAAUUUUACGGAUAUUGCACAUAUCCCCACUGCAACCCAUGUCUACCUACCACUUUCAAAACAGGCAAUAAAUUUUUUCGGUUCUAAUAAAAAAAACCUAUUGUGUCUAUAAAUCGAAAUGCGUAGGCCACAAUUGUUCCUGCUCCUGCUCCUGCUCUCGGUGCUGGGUUUCGCAAGAUGUGAUGAGGAGCACUACACCAGCAAGUACGAUUCGGUGGAUUAUCGGGCUAUAUUGCACAGUGAAAGAUUGCUGAAAAGCUACUACAAUUGUCUUAUGGAUAAGGGACCAUGCACGGCCGAAGGAAAAGAAUUGAGAAAUAUAUUACCCGAUGCUCUCAAAACUGAAUGUUCCAAAUGCACAGAAAAGCAAAAAGCCGGGGCCAGGGAAGUGGUCGAUUUCAUAGUUAAGGACAAGCCGGAUUGGUUCAAGGAUCUGCAGAAUAAAUACGAUCCGGACGGUAUAUACAAAGAAAAAUACAAAGAUAAAUGGCUGGAAAUGGGUUACAGUAUAGAUUAAAAUAUUGUUCGAAUAAAAUGAGCUAUUUUGAUAUUUUGUACUGGCUGUUGUUUACAUUCAAUUGCACAAAUAAAUGAUUCUAUUUGAAAAUUUUAGACCUCAAGCAAUAGAAUUCUUACAGAAUGAUAAUAUUACUUUUAUACUUUUAGUACCUUUACUUUAUCUGCUUUUACCUUCUUUUGGAACUUCCUUAAAUUGUAGUAAAUCAUUGAAUCUCUCAAGAUGAAGAAAAUAUUUUAUUUUUA